AUGCCCGCAAAACACUGGCUUAUGAAAGCCGAGCCCGACGAACGCAUCGUCAAAGGAAAGGACGUCAAGUUCAGCGUGGACGACUUCGAGUCCGUGAAGACGACGCCUUGGGAGGGGGUGCGCAAUGCAGAGGCUAGAAACCUGAUGAAAGAGAUGAAGGUCGGCGACAAGGUGUUGUUUUACCACUCAAACUGCAAGAGCCCAGGCAUCGCGGGCUUCGCAGAGGUCUCGAAAGAAGCCUAUCCUGAUUAUACGGCCUGGGACCCUGCACAUCCCUACUACGAUGCUAAGACCGACAAGGAGAACCCAAAGUGGUACAUGGUUGACGUGACCUUCGUCCGGCGCGCAUCACAUUUCGUGCCACUUUCCCUCUUGCGGGGUAUCGCGGCUGCAUCGGAACCACCAGAAGAGGUUGCCUACAUCGGAGACGAUGGCAUGAAAGCGGUCCAAGGCAUGGCAUUGGUCACAAGAGGCAGGCUGAGCGUGCAAAGGGUAGAGGAGGCAACCUGGAAAGUGGUUGAAAAGCUCGCUGAGCGUGGCGGAUGGGUGGAAGGCGCCGCGAAAGCAGGAAAGGGCAAGACUGCAGCUAAGUCGGGGCCGAAGGCCAAGGGUCGACAAAAGGUACCAAGGAAGAAGGCGUCCGAGGACGCGAGCGAGGAACCCGAGGACGACCCUGCAGAAGGGGUUGUAAGCGAAGCGGAUCAACCUGUGCCUGGACCUGCAGGCGGGACGACUCCGAAGAACCAGACAGGGCGGAAGCGCAAAGUUAGUGAUGCUGAAGUUGAUCCAAUGCCUCGGCGUUCGACUCGGGCGCGCAAGUAG